GAGGCGGCGGCGGCGGCUAGCGAGGAGCCAGCGCUGGGUCCUGCAGUAGGACUCCCAGGAGCCACCAUCAUGGUGAAGAGGAAGAGCUCCGAGGGCCAGGAGCAGGACAGCGGCCGCGGCAUCCCCCUGCCCAUCCAGACCUUCCUGUGGCGGCAAACCAGUGCAUUUUUGAGGCCUAAACUGGGAAAGCAGUAUGAAGCCUCAUGUGUGUCCUUUGAACGCGUGUUGGUGGAGAACAAGCUGCAUGGCCUUUCUCCAGCGCUCUCUGAAGCCAUCCAGAGCAUUUCCAGAUGGGAGCUGGUGCAAGCUGCUUUGCCUCACGUCCUCCACUGCACUGCAACACUGCUUUCAAACAGGAACAAGUUAGGCCACCAGGAUAAACUGGGUGUUGCUGAGACAAAGCUCCUUCACACCCUGCAUUGGAUGCUUCUAGAGGCUCCCCAGGACUGCAACAGCGAGCGGUUUGGGGGCACAGACCGUGGCUCCAGCUGGGGUGGCAGCAGCAGUGCUUUCAUCCACCAGGUAGAAAACCAGGGUUCCCCAGUGCAGCCUUGCCAGAGCAGCUCCAACGAUGAAGACGAGAACAACCGAAGGAAGAUCUUCCAGAACUCCAUGGCCACCGUGGAGCUCUUUGUGUUUCUGUUUGCUCCUCUGGUACACAGGAUCAAGGAAUCUGACCUUACGUUCCGACUGGCCAGCGGGCUUGUUAUAUGGCAGCCCAUGUGGGAGCACAGACAGCCCGAGGUCUCUGGCUUCACAGCACUGGUGAAGCCCAUCAGGAACAUCAUUACAGCUAAGAGAAGCUCUCCUAUCAACAGCCAAAGUCAAACCUGUGAAUCACCAAAUCAAGAUGCAAGACAUCGAGAGGGACUCCAGGUGGUCUGUGAAACUUUCCAGUCAGAUCCCAUGUCACCCAAGGCCACGAUUUCAGGCUGCCACCGAGGAAACUCCUUCGAUGGAAGUCUGUCCUCCCAGACUUCCCAGGAAAGAGGCCGAUCGCAUUCCAGAGCCUCUCUUGUGAUACCUCCAUGCCAAAGGUCCCGCUAUGCCACCUACUUUGACGUUGCUGUUCUUCGCUGCCUACUCCAACCCCAUUGGUCUGAAGAAGGCACUCAGUGGUCUCUGAUGUACUAUCUACAAAGGCUGCGGCACAUGUUGGAAGAGAAGCCUGAAAAGCCUCCAGAGCCAGAUAUUCCUCUCCUGCCCAGACCCAGGAGCAGCUCGAUGGUGGCAGCAGCUCCCUCACUAGUGAACACCCACAAGACCCAAGAUCUCACCAUGAAGUGUAAUGAAGAGGAAAAAUCUCUUAGCCCUGAGGCCUUUUCUAAGGUUUCGUUGACCAAUUUACGUAGGUCUGCAGUCCCAGAUCUUUCUUCAGACCUUGGCAUGAACAUUUUUAAGAAGUUCAAGAGCCGCAAAGAAGACCGAGAGAGGAAAGGCUCCAUCCCAUUCCACCACACAGGGAAGAGGAGGCCUCGAAGAAUGGGAGUGCCAUUCCUACUUCACGAGGACCACCUGGAUGUGUCCCCCACCAGAAGCACAUUCUCCUUCGGAAGUUUCUCUGGGCUUGGAGAAGACAGGCGAGGCAUUGAAAAAGGAGGCUGGCAAACCACCAUUUUAGGGAAAUUUACCCGGCGGGGCAGUUCAGAUGCAGCCACAGAGAUGGAGAGCUUGAGUGCCAGGCACUCACACUCCCACCACACCCUGGUGAGUGACCUGCCAGAUCACUCCAACAGCCACGGAGAAAACACUGUCAAGGAAGUGCGAUCCCAGAUCUCCACAAUCACGGUUGCAACCUUCAACACUACCCUGGCAUCGUUCAACGUAGGCUACGCAGACUUUUUCAGUGAGCAUAUGAGGAAGCUCUGCAACCAGGUGCCUAUCCCGGAGAUGCCACAUGAACCCCUGGCAUGUGCGAACCUGCCCCGAAGCCUCACAGACUCCUGCAUAAACUACAGCUACUUAGAGGACACGGAACAUAUUGAUGGGACCAAUAACUUUGUCCACAAGAAUGGCAUGCUAGAUCUUUCGGUGGUUCUGAAGGCUGUUUAUCUUGUCCUGAAUCAUGACAUCAGUUCUCGCAUCUGUGAUGUGGCACUAAACAUUGUUGAAUGCUUGCUUCAACUUGGUGUGGUGCCUUGUGUAGAAAAGAACAGAAAGAAGAGUGAAAACAAGGAAAAUGAGACUAUGGAAAAAAGAGCCAGUGAGGGGACCUUCCAGUUCAAAGGAAGUUCACCCUGUGGAUUCGGGGGCCCUUCGGUUAGUGGAGCUGGAGAUGGUGGAGGAGAAGAAGGAGGAGGUGGAGAUGGAGGAGGUGGAGGAGGUGAUGGAGGAGGAGGUGGAGGAGGUGGAGGUGGACCUUAUGAGAAGAAUGAUAAGAACCAAGAGAAGGAUGAAAGUACACCUGUAAGCAACCAUAGGCUUGCUCUUACCAUGCUCAUCAAAAUAGUGAAGUCUUUGGGAUGUGCCUAUGGUUGUGGAGAAGGACAUCGAGGGCUCUCUGGAGAUCGUCUGAGACACCAGGUAUUCCGAGAGAAUGCCCAGAACUGCCUCACUAAGCUAUACAAGCUAGAUAAGAUGCAGUUCCGACAAACCAUGAGGGACUAUGUGAACAAGGACUCUCUCAAUAAUGUAGUGGACUUCUUGCAUGCUUUGCUAGGAUUUUGUAUGGAGCCGGUCACUGACAACAAGGCUGGGUUUGGAAAUAACUUCACCACGGUGGACAACAAAUCCACAGCCCAAAACGUGGAAGGCAUCAUCGUCAGCGCCAUGUUUAAAUCCCUUAUCACACGCUGCGCUUCAACCACGCAUGAAUUGCACAGCCCUGAGAAUCUGGGGCUGUAUUGUGACAUCCGUCAGCUGGUCCAAUUUAUCAAAGAGGCUCAUGGGAAUGUCUUCAGGAGAGUGGCCCUCAGUGCUUUGCUGGACAGUGCUGAGAAGUUGGCACCAGGGAAAAAGGUGGAGGAGAAUGAAUCAGAAUCUAAGACUGCAGGCAGUAAAAGGUCAGAGGUGGGAAGCAUUGUGGAUAAAGGCCAGGUGUCCUCUGCACCUGAGGAAUGUCGCAGCUUCAUGUCUGGUCGCCCCUCACAGACUCCAGAGCAUGAUGAACAAAUGCAAGGGGGCAACCUGGGGCGGAAGGAUUUCUGGCGCAAGAUGUUCAAAUCCCAGAGUGCAGCAAGUGACACCAGCAGCCAGUCUGAGCAGGAUACUUCAGAAUGCACCACUGCCCAUUCAGGAACCACCUCUGACCGUCGCACCCGCUCACGGUCCCGCAGAAUUUCCCUCCGGAAGAAACUUAAACUCCCCAUAGGAAACUGGCUGAAGCGGUCCUCCCUCUCGGGCUUAGCAGAUGGCGUGGAGGACCUUCUGGACAUCAGCUCUGUGGACCGCCUGUCUUUCAUCAGGCAAAGCUCCAAGGUCAAAUUUACCAGUGCAGUGAAGCUUUCUGAAGGUGGGCCAGGGAGUGGAAUGGAAAAUGGAAGAGAUGAAGAGGAGAAUUUCUUCAAGCGUCUUGGUUGCCACAGUUUUGAUGACCAUCUCUCAUCCAACCAAGAUGGUGGAAAAAGCAAAAAUGUGGUGAAUCUUGGAGCAAUCCGACAAGGCAUGAAGCGCUUUCAGUUUCUGUUAAACUGCUGUGAGCCAGGGACAAUUCCUGAUGCAUCCAUCCUGGCAGCUGCAUUGGAUCUUGAAGCUCCUGUGGUAGCCAGAGCAGCUCUGUUCCUGGAAUGUGCCCGGUUUGUUCACCGCUGUAACCGUGGCAACUGGCCAGAGUGGAUGAAAGGGCAUCACGUGAAUAUCACCAAGAAAGGCCUUUCAAGGGGCCGCUCCCCCAUCGUGGGCAACAAACGGAACCAGAAGCUGCAGUGGAAUGCUGCCAAGCUCUUCUACCAAUGGGGAGACGCGAUUGGAGUCCGAUUGAAUGAGCUGUGCCACGGGGAAAGUGAGAGCCCCGCCAACCUGCUGGGUCUCAUUUAUGAUGAGGAGACCAAGAGAAGACUGAGAAAGGAGGAUGAGGAAGAAGACUUUUUAGAUGACAGUACUGUGAACCCCUCUAAAUGUGGCUGCCCCUUUGCCUUGAAGAUGGCAGCAUGCCAACUUCUCCUGGAGAUCACUACCUUCCUGCGAGAAACCUUCUCUUGCCUGCCCAGACCACGCACUGAGCCUCUGGUGGACCUGGAGAGCUGCAGACUUCGUUUGGAUCCUGAGUUGGACCGGCACAGAUAUGAGAGGAAGAUCAGCUUUGCUGGGGUCCUGGAUGAAAAUGAAGACUCCAAAGAUUCCCUCCACAGUAGUAGCCACACCCUCAAAUCAGAUGCAGGGGCCGAGGAGAAGAAAGUUCCCAGCAGGAAGAUCAGGAUAGGAGGUUCCCGCCUGCUCCAGAUUAAAGGAACCCGCAGUUUCCAGGUGAAGAAGGGGGGUUCCUUGUCCAGCAUUCGCCAGGUCGGCAGCUUAAAGAGCAGCAAGUUACCACGGCAGGACUCAGAGUCCGAGGCUGAAGAGCUGCAGCUGUCCCAGAGCAGGGACACUGUCACUGACCUAGAAGGGAGUCCUUGGAGUGCAAGUGAGCCCAGCAUCGAGCCAGAGGGAAUGAGUACUGCUGGCACAGAGGAAAAUUACCACAGGAGCAUGUCAUGGCUGCAUGUCAUGAUCUUGCUGUGCAAUCAGCAGAGCUUCAUCUGCACCCACGUCGACUACUGCCACCCUCACUGUUACCUGCACCACAGCCGCUCCUGCGCCCGGCUGGUCAGAGCCAUCAAGCUGCUCUACGGAGACACCGUGGACUCCCUCCGGGAGAGCAACAGCAGUAGCUGUGCGGCUCUCCGGGGCAAGAAACAGAAGGAGUGCUCAGAGAAGUCAUGCCUACGGACGCCUUCUCUGAAGAAGAGAGUUUCAGAGGCCAACCUGGAAGGGAAAAAGGACUCAGGAAUGCUGAAAUACAUCAGACUGCAGGUGAUGAGCCUGUCGCCUGCUCCUUUAUCACUGUUAAUCAAGGCAGCACCAAUUCUGACGGAAGAGAUGUACGGAGACAUCCAGCCGGCUGCCUGGGAGCUUCUGCUCAGCAUGGAUGAGCACAUGGCAGGGGCGGCAGCUGCCAUGUUCCUGCUGUGUGCGGUGAAAGUCCCUGAGGCUGUGUCCGACAUGUUGAUGUCCGAGUUCCACCACCCAGAGACAGUACAGAGGCUGAACGCCGUUCUCAAGUUCCACACACUCUGGAGGUUUCGCUACCAGGUCUGGCCCCGGAUGGAGGAAGGAGCACAGCAGAUUUUUAAGAUCCCGCCUCCCAGUAUAAACUUCACCCUGCCCUCACCAGUGCUUGGAAUGCCAUCUGUCCCAAUGUUUGACCCCCCUUGGGUCCCUCAGUGCAGCGGGAGUGUCCAGGACCCCAUUAAUGAAGACCAGUCUAAAUCCUUUUCAGCCCGAGCUGUGUCCCGCUCCCAUCAGAGAGCAGAGCACAUCCUAAAGAACUUGCAACAGGAGGAAGAGAAGAAACGUCUUGGUAGAGAAGCCAGCCUCAUCACCGCCAUCCCCAUCACCCAGGAGGCUUGCUACGAGCCCACCUGCACGCCCAGCUCAGAGCCAGAAGAAGAAGUAGAAGAAGUCACCAAUCUGGCAUCCCGUCGACUGUCUGUGAGUCCGUCCUGUACCUCCAGCACUUCCCACAGGAAUUACUCCUUCCGCCGAGGGUCAGUCUGGUCUGUGCGUUCAGCUGUUAGUGCUGAAGAUGAGGAACACACCACCGAACACACACCGAACCACCAUGUGCCUCAGCCUCCACAAGCAGUGUUCCCAGCAUGCAUCUGUGCAGCAGUGCUCCCCAUCGUUCAUCUAAUGGAAGAUGGUGAGGUGCGGGAAGAUGGAGUAGCAGUGAGUGCUGUGGCCCAGCAAGUCUUAUGGAAUUGUCUGAUUGAAGAUCCAUCAACAGUUCUUCGACAUUUUCUGGAAAAACUGACCAUCAGCAAUAGACAAGAUGAGUUAAUGUACAUGCUGCGCAAACUUCUCUUAAAUAUUGGAGACUUUCCUGCUCAGACGUCUCACAUCCUGUUCAACUACUUGGUGGGAUUAAUCAUGUACUUCGUGCGGACCCCCUGUGAGUGGGGGAUGGACGCCAUUUCAGCCACCCUGACUUUCCUGUGGGAGGUGGUGGGUUAUGUAGAGGGACUGUUCUUCAAGGAUCUCAAGCAGACCAUGAAGAAGGAGCAGUGUGAGGUAAAGCUGUUGGUGACCGCUUCCAUGCCAGGUACCAAAACCUUGGUGGUUCAUGGGCAGAAUGAGUGUGAUAUCCCAACCCAGUUACCAGUCCAUGAAGACACUCAGUUCGAAGCCCUGCUCAAGGAGUGUCUGGAGUUUUUUAAUAUCCCAGAAUCUCAGUCAACCCAUUAUUUUCUCAUGGACAAACGAUGGAAUCUUAUCCACUACAAUAAGACGUAUGUUCGGGAUAUUUAUCCUUUCCGGAGAUCAGUAUCUCCACAGCUGAACCUGGUACAUAUGCAUCCAGAGAAAGGACAGGAGCUCAUUCAGAAACAGGUGUUCACUCGGAAGCUGGAGGAAGUCGGGCGGGUUUUGUUUCUCAUCUCCCUGACGCAGAAGAUCCCCACAGCCCACAAACAGUCCCAUGUCUCCAUGCUCCAGGAAGACCUCCUCCGACUACCCUCAUUCCCCCGAAGUGCUAUUGACGCUGAAUUUUCACUCUUCAGUGAUCCACAAGCCGGCAAGGAGCUGUUUGGCCUCGACACUCUUCACAAAAGCUUGUGGAUCCAGCUCCUGGAGGAGAUGUUCCUGGGCAUGCCGAGCGAGUUUCCCUGGGGAGAUGAAAUCAUGCUCUUCCUCAACGUCUUUAACGGGGCUCUGAUCCUCCACCCGGAAGACAGCGCCCUCCUCAGGCAGUACGCCGCCACCGUCAUCAACAGCGCUGUGCACUUCAACCACCUUUUCUCUCUCAGCGGCUACCAGUGGAUUCUGCCCACCAUGCUGCAGGUGUACUCCGAUUAUGAAAGCAAUCCCCAGUUGCGUCAAGCCAUCGAAUUUGCCUGCCAACAGUUCUACAUUCUACACCGGAAGCCAUUUGUGCUCCAGCUGUUUGCUAGUGUGGCCCCUCUCCUGGAGUUUCCUGAAGCUGCCAAUAACGGGCCCAGCAAAGGUGUGUCAGCUCAGUGCUUGUUUGACCUGCUGCAGUCCCUGGAGGGGGAGACCACUGACAUAUUAGACAUCUUAGAGCUGGUCAAAGCUGAGAAGCCUCUUAAGUCAUUAGAUUUCUGCUAUGGAAACGAAGACCUGACAUUCUCUAUAAGUGAGGCCAUUAAGCUCUGCGUCACUGUAGUAGCCUAUGCUCCCGAAUCAUUCAGAAGUCUUCAGAUGCUGAUGGUCUUGGAAGCUCUAGUCCCCUGUUACCUACAAAAGCUAAAGAGGCAGACGUCCCAAGUGGAGACCGUGCCUGCGGCCCGGGAGGAGAUCGCUGCCACAGCUGCUCUUGCAACAUCCCUGCAGGCCCUUCUGUACAGCGUAGAGGUCCUCACCAGGCCCAUGACAGCCCCGCAGAUGAGCAGGUGUGACCAAGGUCACAAGGGAACCACCACAGCCAAUCACACCAUGUCGUCCGGGGUGAACACCAGGUACCAGGAACAAGGCGCCAAACUACACUUUAUCAGGGAAAAUCUUCACUUACUGGAGGAAGGGCAAGGCCUUCCCAGAGAGGAACUGGAUGAACGAAUUGCUCGGGAGGAGUUCAGAAGACCUCGGGAGUCCCUGCUGAAUAUUUGUACCGAAUUUUACAAGCACUGUGGGCCAAGGCUGAAGAUCUUGCAAAACCUGGCUGGGGAGCCGCGGGUUACCGCCCUGGAGUUGCUGGAUGUGAAGUCACACAUGAGGUUGGCAGAAAUUGCACACUCCCUUCUGAAGUUGGCACCAUACGACACCCAGACGAUGGAGAGCCGUGGGCUUCGGCGCUACAUCAUGGAGAUGUUACCCAUUACCGACUGGACAGCCGAGGCAGUGAGGCCAGCCCUUAUCCUCAUUUUAAAGAGACUGGAUAGAAUGUUCAACAAAAUUCAUAAGAUGCCUACUUUGAGGCGACAGGUUGAGUGGGAGCCUGCCAGCAAUUUGAUUGAAGGGGUUUGUUUGACACUUCAGAGGCAGCCAAUCAUAUCCUUCCUGCCUCACCUUAGGUCACUGAUCAAUGUCUGUGUCAAUCUGGUGAUGGGAGUGGUAGGACCUUCCAGUGUUGCUGAUGGAUUACCCCUUCUUCAUCUCAGCCCUUAUCUCUCACCACCUCUGCCCUUCAGCACAGCUGUUGUCCGGCUUGUAGCAUUGCAGAUACAGGCUUUAAAAGAAGAUUUUCCCUUAAGCCAUGUGAUCUCCCCAUUCACCAAUCAAGAGCGAAGGGAGGGGAUGCUUUUAAAUCUACUCAUCCCAUUUGUGCUCACAGUAGGAUCUGGAAGCAAAGACAGCCCAUGGCUCGAACAGCCCGAGGUGCAGUUGCUCCUGCAGACAGUCAUGAACGUGCUCCUGCCACCGCGGAUCAUCAGCACGUCCAGGAGCAAGAACUUCAUGUUGGAGAGCUCCCCCGCCCACUGCUCCACCCCGGGGGAUGCGGGCAAAGACUUGCGCAGGGAGGGCCUGGCCGAGUCCACCAGCCAAGCCGCAUACUUGGCGCUGAAGGUGAUCCUCGUCUGCUUUGAGAGGCAGCUGGGAGGCCAGUGGUACUGGCUGAGCCUCCAGGUGAAGGAGAUGGCGCUGCGCAAGGUGGGAGGCCUGGCCCUGUGGGACUUCCUCGACUUCAUCGUGCGGACCCGAAUCCCCAUCUUCGUGCUCUUGCGCCCGUUCCUCCAGUGCAAGCUUCUGGCCCAGCCAGCAGAAAAUCAUGAAGAGCUCUCUGCCCGGCAACACAUCGCCGACCAGCUGGAGCGGCGCUUUAUCCCACGCCCUCUGUGCAAGAGUUCCCUCAUGGCCGAGUUCAACAGUGAACUAAAAAUUCUAAAAGAGGCAGUUCAUAGUGGCUCAGCCUACCAAGGGAAGACAUCUAUCAGCACUGUGGGCACCUCUACCUCCGCUUACCGCCUGAGCCUGGCCACCAUGUCCCGCUCCAACACGGGCACUGGCACUGUCUGGGAGCAGGACAGUGAGCCCUCCCAGCAGGCUUCGCAGGACACCCUGAGUAGGACUGAUGAGGAAGAUGAGGAAAAUGACUCUGUAAGCAUGCCCAGUGUGGUAAGUGAACAAGAAGCUUACCUCCUGAGCACCAUUGGAAGGAGGCGGUUCUCCAGCCACGUCUCUAGCAUGUCUGCACCUCAGGCUGAGGUGGGCAUGUUACCCAGCCAAAGUGAACCUAAUGUCCUCGAUGACUCCCAGGUCCUGGCCGCCGAGGGCAGCCUCUCUAGGGUGCCAAGUGUCCAGAGUGAACCUGGCCAACAGAACCUCCUCAUUCAGCAGCCGCUGGGGAGGAAGAGGGGCCUGAGGCAGCUAAGACGUCCUCUACUGUCACGUCAGAAGACGCAGACUGAACCCAAAAACCGCCACGGGGCUCGGCUGUCAACCACUCGCAGGAGUAUUCAACCUAAAACGAAGCCAUCUGCGGAUCAGAAACGUUCUGUGACCUUCAUCGAGGCUCAGCCGGAGCCAGCCGCUGCCCCACCAGAAACACUUCCCACCACAGGCCAGACACAAGGCUGCAGUCCAGCCCCAUCUAAGAAGCCGGAAGGAAUGGGCAAACCAGUCCUCACAUCUUCCCCUGCCAUUGUAGUUGCUGAUCUUCACAGCCUGUCUCCAAGGCAGAGUGAGCCCCUCCCCGCUGAAGAAGGAGAAAAGAGAGAGGACGCAGAAGUGCAAGGUGCUCCAGCACACGGCCCCCUCUCUACGCAGCUCUCAGACCCUGAUGAAUUCACAGGCCUUGAGACAUCCAUCCUCCUACAGCACGGAGACACCAUCCUUCACAUCAGUGAGGAACAUGGCAUGGAGAACCCCCUGCUGUCCAGCCAGUUCACUCUGAUGCCCACUGAGCUGGGGGAGACUGACGGAGACCUAGAUGAGUCUCAUGUUUAAUUCCGUAUCUUGUUAAAAGUGGCAGGUGUAGACAAGAUGUGGGAGGGAUCGCUUUCCUAAAAGGUGAAUACUUUUGCUUGGAAAAGAUGAAAACACAGCACUUUACAUCCAACGGGUGACACAAAUCUCAGUAGAUUUUGCUGCUAAUGCGCACGUUGUUUCAUAAACAUCUUUACAAAAAGUCAAUGGCUAAGAUAAUUUGGUUGUGUGAAGACCAUAAAAACCAGGGAAGAAUAAGAGGAAAGAGCCAUUUCACUGCACAUUAUUUAUGAUUCAAGAAGCCUCGAGCAGUUAAAAAUAUAUACUAUUAUGGAGCUGCUUACCUAGGAAUAUUAACAAAUAAUAUGUUCUAAAAAGAGAAUGCAAUUUUUGAGAUUACUCACGUUAUACAUCUCAUGCAAAUGUUUAUUUUUAUAGUUUCAAAAAUAUUAAAUCAGGUGGCUGUAUGAGUAGCAAUUUACAUAAAAAUAAUCAAUAAGGAAAAUAUUAGUUUGAGAAGACUAAUAAAUAAGGCUGCAGCCAUUUUUGCUUUGAUCAACAAUACAGCCAUUUACAAGAAGAAGAAAAAAAGUACUAUUUUUAAAGCUCUGGAUUUUUCAAUAUUUAUUUUUCAACCGUCAUUUACCUUGCAUGUUGUAAAUCAAAAUGCUAAAGCCCUAAGAUCAUUCCAUUUCACAACCACAUUAGAGGGAAAAUAUUCAAAAAAUUAUCAGACAUAAUUUUGAAUUAAGAACCUAAACAGCCUAUACUAUGAUAUAAACUAAAUGUAAAUAUAAUAGCUAGAAAGAGAUCGUAUUCCUACUUCUAGCCAUGACCACAUCAAUGCCAAGAUUAAGAGAUAUUGGAAGAUGUGAUUACAGUAUCCUGUGCCUGCCCUUGAGGGCAU